CACUUUUAAACUUGCUCUGCUCUUGCUUGCAAGAUCACUUGCAUACUUUUUCUUCUGUCUUCUUCUGGGACAGUAGAGGUGAUAGAAGUGAUACAGUAUAGUACCAAGUCUGUCUUUAUCUAUUUAUAAACACAACACAACAAUGGUGGUCUCUACUACAGCUACUGCUAGCAGUAGAAGCAGUAUGAACAGUGGUCAGACUGCUACUACUAGUAGCAAGAAGAAGGCCACGGACAGCAAUCGCGUGUGGGUCAAGAUGGAAGAUGACACCAAGAUGAUGGAUGGAAGUAUGGGCAGUGGGAGUAGUCGUCGCGUCUUUUCCAAAAAGCAGCCAGAUGCCGCCCCAUUGAGCCCCAAGAGUACAGCGACGAGUGACAUUGCCCCCAAGAGUCCCAUGGGUGCAAGUAGUCGACGAGCGUUUGGAAGUGGCAAGUCGAGUAGUACAGCUAGUAGUACAGGUAGUAGUAGUGUGGAUGCCCCCGUGAUUGUUCGAGCGGCAGCACCAUGGCGGUGGAAAUUGGGUGUCAUGCUCGAAAACAGUGCGACAGAAGGACUGACGAUUCGAUUGGUCGAUGGCGCCACGGGCCACGAAUUGGCCGGCGAUGCCCAUUUGUUGCAACUACCAGCCGAUGCGUUGCGAACGCGUCGCGUAUUACCGGCCAAUUCGUAUCCGCGCGACAAACAACACGGACAAUUGUUGUGUCCCGCCGAUUUGAUUUCCUUGACGCAUCUCCACGAAGCCAGUGUCGUGGAAUGUCUGGUCCAUCGGUAUCAUCAAGAAAAAAUCUAUACCAACACGGGCCCUGUAUUGCUGGCGCUCAAUCCGUUUCAAACCAUUCAUGGUCUCUACGAUGAUGCCACGAUGCGACAGUACUGGCAUCAUGCCGAAUCCAAUACCGACGAAGAACUACCGCCCCAUGUCUAUGCCGUUGCGGAUGCUACGUUUCGAGGCAUGAUGCGCAAAUUGGAAAUGGCCACGGCGGCCAAUCAAUCGCAAGAACAGUUCGAUUGCAAUCAGAGCAUUCUCGUCAGUGGCGAAAGUGGUGCUGGAAAGACUGUCACGAUGAAAUUUGCCAUGAAGUAUUUGGCGGCAUUGUCGCAACGAUUGGCCGACUUUUAUGCCAAAGCAGGGACGCCCUCCUAUUUGACAUUGACCAAAAAAGAUGGCAAAAAAAAAGGCGGCAGUGGUGCCAUUGGUCGCACCAUUACCGAUCCACUCGCAUUGCGAGGACAUACAUUUGCCGUCAAGACACAACCGUCUCUCUAUGUGCCCAUGGGAACUAGUUCGGCAUCCAAACGCCGUGGAAGUUUGGCGACCGCCUCGACACUGAGCAAUCAAACCGAUUCCAUUGAAAACAAGGUAUUACAGAGCAAUCCUAUUUUGGAGUCGUUUGGCAAUGCCCGCACCAUUCGCAAUGACAAUUCCAGUCGCUUUGGAAAAUUCAUUCAAAUGCAAUUCACUCGCUAUGGCAAACUGAUUGGUGCCGAAAUUGAAACAUACUUGUUAGAAAAAGUCCGCAUUCUGACACAGACUCCUGGCGAACGCAAUUAUCAUAUAUUCUAUGAAUUCUUGAGUGGCGGCAUGGAUUUUCGCGAACUCAAAACGUAUCAUUUCACAUCGAAGCAAACGCCCGCCGAUUUCAAAAUUUGUGCGUCCUCCAAUACAUUCGACAGACGCGAUGGAGUUCCCGACAGUGAUACGUAUCGCGAAUUGCGACGGGCCAUGCAUAUCAUGCACUUUUCGGCGGAAACACAAAAAGAUAUUUUCAAUGUCACGGCCGCCAUUUUGCAUUCGUCCAAUCUGACAUGGAUGGAAGUGGAUGGCACUGGCGAAUCGGCCGUCGAUCAAAGCAAUCCGCAUUUGGAAGCGGUCUGUCAAUUGUUGGAAGUGACACCCGAGGAUAUGACACAGUCGCUCUGUUACUAUUCCAUUACCGUGAGGGACAAUGUCGUGCGCAAAUCAUUGAGUAAAGAAAAGACAGAACACGGAUUUGAAGCCUUGCUCAAGGCAUUGUACGGCGCCCUCUUUACGUCGUUGGUGCGGCGCAUCAAUCAAUCGAUAUCCUAUAAAAAGAAACCAACCAAGUCAGCAGAACCCACAGAAGAAGGAGAAGAAGAAGAAGAAGACGAAUUUGUAAUCGAGGAGGAGGACGAUCCCAUGCAUGUACCGGCGUGUUUUAUUGGGAUUUUGGAUAUCUUUGGAUUCGAGUCCUUUACCGUCAACUCGUUUGAACAGUUGUGCAUCAACUAUUGCAACGAGACACUCCAGAUGCAGUUCUCGUCGUUCAUUCUGAAGAAUGAACAAAAGGAGUAUGAAAAGGAAGGGAUCAAAUGGGAUUUCAUCGACUUUGCCGAGAAUCAGGAUGUCUUGGACCUGAUUGAACGAAAAUCGGGCAUUAUCGGCAUCCUGGAUGACAUGUGCCGCGCGCCUGGAACCACCGACCGAGUCUUUUGCGACACACUCUACAAAAACUGCACCACUUCUUCCGUCUUUACAGCCAACAAAAAGCAAACGGCCAUGCUCAUGUUCACCAUUCACCAUUAUGCUGGUCCCGUCGAAUACACGGCCGAUGGAUUCGUCGAAAAGAACCGGGAUGAGUUGCCCAAGGAAUCCACCGAGUUUUUGCGCAAGAGCCCCAACGAGUUUGUCCGAGAGCUGGCCGAGAUUAUCGAAGGCAGCGUCAACGUGUCGGAUGGCACCAGCAAUAACGGCGGCGGAAAGGGCCGCAAACAAUUAGCACGAACGGUGGGUGGUCAGUUCCGAGAUCAAUUGAAAGAUCUUCGCGUCAAGAUUGAAAAGACAACGCCGUGUUACAUUCGUUGUCUAAAACCAAACGAUCUCUUGGUACCAAAUCGCUUUGAAAUUCCCAUCGUAGCAGAGCAGCUGCGAUGUGGAGGUGUCUUGGAAGCCGUCCGCGUCGCUCGAGCGGGCUUUACACAACACUAUCCGCAUGUGGAGUUUGUUCGGCGGUAUCGUCCUCUUGUUUGGAGGGAAUGGCAAAAGAAAGCCAUUGCGUCAUCAUCGGACGUUGGCGAUGUCUGCCGAAAGCUGAUUGAUGCUCUGUUUGAAAAACUGCAGCACCUCGAGGCGUCGGAAAAGAAAGACGGAGGCGACGGACCUCGCUUUGUCAAAUUGGGGAUGCAAAUGGGCAAGACCAAGGUCUUCUUGCGGCAACGCGAAUUCGAAGGGCUGGAACGGCAGCGUGGCCAUGAGCAGGGCAAAGCCGCCCUUCUGCUCAACGCGACAUUCCGUGGAUAUCUGGUACGGAUCAAGUGGGCCGAGUACGUCCCUCUGCUUGAACGACAAAAGAACGACUUUUUGAACGACCGCGAGAAGAGAUUACGCGAAGAGGCAGAACUAAGGGCUCAAAACGAAAAGUCCAUGUCUGACAUCGCUGCCAACUUUGCUGGAACGGGUGAGCUUUUGCUGCGCGAGGGAGAGCGCGAAUUGGUUGCUGGUAAGGUUGCUUCAAAGAACCCAGUGAGCAUUGCCGACGCCAUGAAGAAGGGUCCCUCAGGAGACUUCAAGUGGGUCGAAAGGAAUGGUGCCUGGGUGAAGAAGUUUUUGAACGAAGACUGAAUCGUUUUUGGUUCCAGUGGUUCUCUUGCCGAGUCUUGCUUCUUGCGACAGCGUGCCAGUUGCGAGCCCGAGAAUGACAAUCGUUGCAUGAUGUUGUCGAACAUCGCACGCCCCGUUUCCUUCUGGGUUCUUGAGCUCUUUCAAAAAAGAGAGAGUCUCCUCGAAGGAAGAACGCCAUCUGCUGAAGCAUUUCGAGCUGGCAAAGUCGUGAACGCAUAGUUUGCUCCUCAAAGGAUGCAGGAGACAGUGCCGGUUUCUGAAACCAAGACGCCUUGGCGAUUCCGAUUGAAUUAUUCGAAUAGGCAACUCACUGUGCUCCUGUUCUCUGGUAACGUUUUAUUAGACAUUUCCUUAGAGAUC